AUGGCGUUGCCUAAUCUAGAGAACAGAUCUGUAUUAAAUGUUGUAGAAGAAAACUUCCAGCGUAUUGGAUUGGGCUCUGAAGACACGGUUCAUCGACAGCUAAGAUUUCUGUUAAAUCUUGAGGUUCAAUGGCUAAGGGAAAAGAGGGAACAGGAUAAAGAAGAAGAAAAAGAUGAAAGUAGUACUGAUGAAAGUGUAUGGCCUUUACCAACUCACUACACACCACGUUUGCUGUACAAGCUCAAGAUAGAUGAUUCAUUUGUGGAACCCCUACCGGUUAUGCCCUGGGAGCUAGCCAAAAAAGAGGUUGAAGAAGAGGGAAUGGAAACCGCUAGGGAAGAGGAACAAAGUGUGGCCAGCUCGGAUAGUGAUUAA